GGGCCGUUCAGUGUGCGCCCAGCGAGCCUCGCGGACCAUGGAGCCUGUGUCGCUGCAGGACUUCGUGUGCGCCCUGGACCCCGCCUCCCUCCCGCGUGUGCUGCGGGUCUGCUCGGGUGUCUACUUCCAGGGCUCCAUCUACGAGAUCUCCGGGAAUGAAUGCUCCCUCUCCACAGGAGACCUGAUCAAGGUCACCUGUGUUCGCCUCCAGAAGGUGGUCUGCGAGAACCUGGGGACGGGCCAGACCAUGGAGCUCGCUCCCAACUUCCAGGGCAACUUCAGCCCCCUCACUGGCCCCCAGAGCUAUGAAACCCUGGAGGACCUGGUCUCUGCUACGACCCAGAGCUCCAAGCAGCUGCCCAUCUGCUUCAUGUCGACCCACAGAAUCACCACCAAGGCCAGGGUGGUGCCUCAGGAGCAGCCCCUCAAGCUUGAGGCUGUGGAAAUGCACCUCGGGACCUGCUGUGCCCGCUGUGUGCUGGGCACCGGGGCCCAGCAGGUGAUUCUGCACCUGCCCCUGUCCCAGAAGGGGCCCUUCUGGGAACUGGAGCCUGGGCCCCCUCGGACUCUGCUCCAGGUGCUGCAGGACCCGGCCCUGAGGGACACCAUCCUCACCUGCCCCGUCCUCCCCUGGCACUCCCUGACCCUGAUGCCCCAGUAUGAGGUCGAAGCCAUCAUGCACUUGCGCAGGACCAUCGUCAAGAUCCCCUCCACGCUGGAGGUUGACGUGGAGGAUAUCACCGCCUCCUCUCAGCACAUCCACUUCAUACAACCGCUGCUGCUGAGCGAGGCCCUGGCCCGGGGAGGCCCCUUCCCCCUGCCCACAGAGAUCCUGGAAGUUCCGGAGGGGCCCCCCAUCUUCCUCAGCCCGUGGCUGAGCUCCUUACGGAAGGGCCAGAGGCUCUGCAUCUAUGGCGUGGCCUCGCCACCCUGGCGGUUCCUGGCCUCAACCAAGGGCCGGAAAGUGCCCAGACACUUCAUGAUCUCUGGGGCCUACCAGGGCAAGCUGCGGCGGCGGCCGAGAGAGUUCCCCACGGCCUACGACCUCCUGGGUGCUCUCCAGCCAGGCCAGCCACUCCGGGUAGUGGCCACAAAGGACUGUGAAGGAGACGGGUUGGAGAACCCCGGGUUCAUGUCCCUGGCCAUGGGAGACAGGCUGGAGGUGUUGGGGUCUGGCCAGGCCCUUGGGGUUCAAGAGAGGGACAUGAAUGUCCUGGUGUGUCAGCGGCUGAGUGACCAGCCUGGGGAGGAAGAGUAUGAAGAGGCAGAGGACCAAGAACAGAUUCUGCUGCCCCUCCACUUCUCUGGCGGCUUCGUGGAAGAGCUGGGUGAUGGCCGGCGCUACAGCCUGCAGGAUCUGAUUGCCCAGUUCCCACUGCCCUGUGAGGUCAAAGUGGUGGCCAAGGAUGCCAGCCACCCUGAUGACCCUCUGCCCUCCUUCCUGGGCCUGCGGCUGGAGGAGAAGAUCAUGGAACCCUUCUUGGUGGUCAGCCUGGACUCCAACCCUGAGAUGUGCUUCGAGGUCCCUCCCCGGUGGCUGGACCUGACUGUCGUGGAAGCUGAGGGGCAGCCAAGCCAGCCGGCUGGGCCCCUCCCCGUAGUCCCAGUGGAGGAGCUGACAGAGGCCUUCUAUUAUCACCUUCGGAAGUCACCGGCCUUUGAGGGUCAAGCUCCCCCGCCCAGGCCUCCGAAAAGUAAGGGCCUCAGUGGGCAGAAGAAGCAGGUCAGCAAGGCGAAAGGCGUCAAGUCUUCUGAAGCCUUCGAAUUGCAGGAACCAUCUCUGAUGCCUAAACCCAAGAGGAAGACCUUGCGAAAGGUCAUCAAGGACAGCUGCAAUUUAUACAGUGAGAUUCCUGGUCGCAAGAAAGGUCUCAGGCCCACGAAGCCCAUCACUCAGGAUACAAAUGACGAACACGAUUACGAAGAAAUACUUGAGCAGUUUCCGAAAACCCUCUAGGUGCUGGAGAAACCUUACUUCCUAACUGCUGCUUCUCAGGGAACCCGAGAUAUCAGCCAACUAUUACAAGCCUUUAGAGGACCCUGGACAAGGUCUCUCAGAAAUCAGACUGUGGACAAGGAGUGGCCGGGUGGGGACUGACUGGAAAUAGGAUAGACCCUGCACCAGCUUCCCUCUGGCCCCUCUGGGCCCAGCACCUUGCAUUUGGCUCCUUCAGGUUCAGAGCUUUGGUAUCAAGUAGCCAGCUGGGUUCUACUCAAUCCUGCACCCCAACACCAGUUGUCCCACUUGUUACUGCAGAAAGGAAUCCAAGACACUGCCCACCUCGGUGACAGCAGCACAGUGCCUCCUGCCUCUUGGUAAAGGGGACUCAAUCCUGAUGACACACUGCACUGAGAGCCUUCUGUAAUGCUGGCCGCCCCUGCUCCACUCUCUCCUCUCUCUCGCCGUCCCCCACCCAGGCUCCGAGCCCCUGAGGGACCAGGACUGUCUUCCUCAACUCUGCAGCACCCAGCACAUGACCGUUGUAGGUGACUAUCCAAGAUUAUUUCACUUUAAAAGCACAGAAUAAAAAUGACAUCUGAGCUUCGGGAAAAAUGAUUAAGAGAUUAUCACUUAUUAAGUUCUGUCUGUGUACCAGACCCUUUACAAACCCGAUCUAAAUCAACUCUCUGAGGUAGACAAGGCCUGGUUUUAAAAAUCAGGAAACAAACUAGUCUAGUGUGCUUCAGCGGGCAGGCUAGUCAUGGGCCUGGGUCAGGAUCCUUGCUCACCACCUACAAGUGAUUUUAACCUCUCUAAGCUUCAGUUUCUUCACAUGCAAAAUGAAACUAAGUUAUCUACCUCAAAAGAUUGUUUUAAGGAUCGACUGAGAUAAUAUCUGUAGAGCAUUUAUCACAGUGCCUGGCUCAUAAUAAAUAUUCAGUAAACA